AUGGGUGCGCUGGCCAUCGCGCCGGCAGCGGCGCUGCAGACCAAUUUUGUGUCAGACAAGCCGUCGUCUUGGUAUGCGGAGCUGUAUGCGCGCGACGCGCUGACUGGCGGCCAUGUCAUCAUGCUGGGUGCCGACGAUGCCAGCAGGUGUGCUGCCGCUGGCCAGGUGCUUGAGGGCUCCGCUGCAUUGGUCAUCGCGGGUCGCGGGGUGCAGGGUCAGAAAGACGGCGCAGGCGGCAGCGCCCGUGAUGGCAGGGAGGCUGCCCGUGGCGCACUGGGCGCAUGGCCGGGCGGCUUGCAGCUGGGCGGCGGCGUGACCAGCGACAACGCGGCAGAGUGGCUGGACGCGGGCGCCAGCCACGUCAUCGUGACAUCAUAUGUGUUCAGGGAGGGCCGGCUCGAGGAGGAUCGGUUGAGAGACUUGGUGGGGCGCGUUGGCAGGGAGCGACUAGUGUUGGACCUCAGCUGCCGCAAGAGGGACGGCCAAUACUAUGUGGUGACUGACCGCUGGCAGAAGUUUUCGUCCCUCGCCCUGGACGAGGCCACCCUGGGGAAGCUGGCGGGCAGCUGCGACGAGUUCCUGGUGCACGGCGUCGACGUGGAGGGCAUGCAACUGGGGAUUGAUGAUGAGCUGGUGGAGCUACUGGGGCGGUGGUCGCCCAUCCCCGUUACGUAUGCGGGCGGCGCCCGCACGCUGGAGGAUCUGGAGCGUGUGCGCACCUCGGGCCGCGGUCGCGUGGACAUCACUGUUGGGAGCGCCCUAGACAUCUUUGGGGGAAAGCUGCCUUACGCGGACGUGGUGGCGUGGCACCGGCGGCAGCAGGCGGCGGCACGUGAGCAGCAGCAGCAGCAGCAGCAGCAGCAGCAAGCGGCAAGCUAA